AGGUCUGAGGGGGGCGGGGGGAGGGAAGGCCCGGCCUGGGCCGGUGCGGCCGGUCUCGGUGCUGACGGUGUCCUCGCCUUCAGCCCCCUGACGAAGGUGAAGCUGAUCAACGAGCUGAACGCGCGGGAGGCGGAGCUGGGCGUGCAGGAGGCGGUCUCGUGGCACGCGGAGUACAAGGACAGCGCCUGGAUCUUCGUCGGUGGGCUGCCCUACGAGCUGACGGAGGGGGAUGUCAUCUGCGUGUUCUCACAGUAUGGGGAGGUCGUCAACAUUAACCUGGUGCGGGACAAGAAGACUGGAAAGUCCAAAGGUUUUUGCUUUCUGUGCUAUGAGGACCAGAGGAGCACCAUUCUCGCUGUUGACAACUUCAAUGGGAUCAAGAUCAAAGGAAGAACGAUUCGAGUGGACCAUGUGGCCAACUAUCGGCCCCCCAAAGACUCUGAUGACUUAGAUGAUGUCACCAAAGCCCUCCAUGCAAAGGGUUGUGGAGUUAAAACGCCACCUCAUACGUCAUCCGAUUCCCUGUCGGAAGAUGAUGAUGUGCCCGUAAAAAAGCAGAAAGAUAAGGAGAAAAGCAGGCAGGAGCGGCAGAAGCAGAGCUCGCAGGCUGUGAAGAGGGCGGUGUCCACAGAGGAGGCGCACCCCAGAAUCAAGAUUAAGAAGGAGAAGGAGGACCCCGCCUACGAGCGCUACGCCAGCGGGAGCCAGCAGCCCUGGAAGAGCUCCGAGAGGAAGCCUGUGAGCAGGAUGCAGCGAGAAGAGGACGAGCGGAGGAUGCAGCGAGAAGAGGACGAGCGGAGGCACCAGAGGCCUUUGGAGAGAAGAGGGGAAAAGAGCUGCCAGGACCAGAGGGGACAAAGCGGUUUGUGGGAUGAGAGGGAGAAGAGAGAGCAGGCUGGCAGGAAAGGCGACGGGCACAGCAGCCGGCGAGAAGAGCAUCCCGAGGGAGGCAGAUCCCGGGAGCGCUGGGAACGGGGCUCCGGGAGAAGCUCCAACCGCUGCUGAGCCCAGGGGCCGAGAGAGACCUGCCCAAAAACCUGCUCAGAGCCUCUCUGCGCCUCUCAGAGGGCACCGUGGUCACACCGCUCGCCUCCAGCACCUUCCGUGGUUUCUCGUUCUGUUCUUGGAAGGGGGAGCGGUGCUGCGGACUGGGAUGUGAGUCCUGUUCCCUCCCUCAGCCCUUCCUGCAGGCUCCAGGCGUGCCGGGCUGUGCUGCGGCAGGAGGACGAGUCGCUGGGAGGACGCUCUCCUUCCCCAAAACGGCCCAAUCCCCCCACUUUUGCUCCCAUUCUCCUCCACCGGGCGAGGAGAGACCCGCGGGCAUCUCGUCUUGGGCCCAGCGCUCCUGCGGUGGAUCCCCGCGUCUGCGGCGGGGCCGGUUUUUGUUUUAAAUACCUCUUAAUAAAAAAAUCAACCUGUUUGUAGCAGAGGGUAGUAGC